AUGGCUACUGCUCAAGCUCUAACAGAGGAGUGCGGAGUUUAUGUAAAAAAUAAUUUAAGACAGGCAAUCAGGUACUAUGAAAACGGAGAAAGAGGAAGUCAUCCUAAGCCUAAUCAAACGAUAACGAGGCCAGUUCUUAAUUCUUUGGCAGAAAAACAUUUACAAGAAUGUUAUGGAGAUUUAGAUAAAAUCAAGAAUCUGGGAUUAAUAGGUAGAGUUAAUUUACCCGAUUUGAAAGAAGAAAAGAGGGUAGGGAUUAUAAAGGAGUUAACCGUUAUAGGGGGGAAGGUUGGCGAAAGUAAUUCGCAAGAAAGGAUUUCUGCUGGUAAUGUUUUGGAAGAAUUGGUUUUUUUGGCUCCAUGCACCACCUCUAUUUGUUCGCAUAAUUUCAUGGAACUUUUUAGAGUACAUAAAAAGCCUGACAGUUUUUAUUUUCCUUGUGGAAAGGGUAAAAAAAAUAAUGCUUAUGAAAGAAUAAUAGUUGGAUUUUUUAUUUGGAGAAUAUUACAAAGAGAAAAAGAGUGA